CUCUGGGAACAAGCCAGGUCGUCUCGGACGAGGCUGUUGGGCCGAACCCCUGGCACCAGAGAGGGUGCAAAUGGAAGGUCUAAUCACAAGCAAACGCCUCUUUAGACAGGCUGGGAAGCGCGGCUGCUCUUGAGCAGAAGGCGCGUGUGACCGUGGCUGUGGCCGUGGCUGGCUGGGUGAUGUCCAGCGGACAUGCCGGGCCUGCAGACGGGCUGGGCUUUCUGUCUAGCAGGGCAGCUCUCCUCUAACUCUGCUUCCCGGUUCCAGGCGCAGCCCACGAUGCCUGAGGUGCGCGACCUUUCGGAGGCCUUGCCUGACGUGUCGAUGGAUCCCAUCACGGGAGUCGGGGUGGUGGCGUCGCGGAACCGGGCGCCCACUGGCUACGACGUGGUGGCGCACACCGCGGAUGGCCUGGAUGCUGACCUCUGGAAGGACGGCUUGUUCAAGUCCAAGGUCACACGGUACCUGUGCUUCACGAGGUCGUUUUCGAAAGAAAAUAGCCAUCUGGGCAACGUCCUGGUCGACAUGAAGCUGAUUGACAUCAAGGACACGCUGCCCGUGGGCUUCAUCCCCAUCCAGGAGACAGUCGACACACAGGAAAUGGCUUUCAGAAAGAAGAGGCUCUGCAUCAAAUUCAUCCCCCGGGAUUCGACGGAGGCGGCUAUUUGCGAUAUCCGAAUUCUGGGCAGGGCUAAGCAGGCCCCUCCACAGUACACGUUCAUAGGGGAACUUAACAGCAUGGGCAUUUGGUACCGAAUGGGCCGGGUUCCACGCAACCAUGACUCCUCGCAGCCGGGGACACCUCCUUCUCAAGUACCAGCUUCCACUCCAGCGCCCAACCUGCCUAGGUAG